AUGAAUGACUUUUUGUUGGACCUGGUGGAGAUUCUUGAGGACAACGAGCAGGACCUGAAGCGAAUGGUCCUUGGACUCAGCGAACUACUGCAAUGUGAGGGAAGUGGAAGCGCCAUAUUUGGCGCUAAAGUGAUAGAGCUCUUAUCUUCGCCGAUUUCGGACGGUAACAAUAAAAUUAUUCGACCCCAUCGCCUGGUGGAUGGAAAGCUUCUGGUGCGUCAUUUCCUAGCCAUAACCAACGACAUUCUACAUGGGAGGGCGGAAGAAUGUCUUGUGAGAUUUGUCGAGGCCACACAAAAGCUCUUGGAGUCCGAGGAGCCACACAAGAGAAGGACCGCCUGCUUCCUCAUGUGCAAGAUGAAGUUGGUGUGCGAAACUGAGGGAGUAAUUGGUAAACUCCUAAUGGAAGUCUUACAAUGCAAUGGUGAGCAGUUUUCCGCUUUCAUAAAAAUCAUAGAAAGCAUGGAAUACCAGCAUACCGACCAGGCUGUGGGCACUCUGAACUCCCAGCUACCCCUGCUGGGGAUAACUCCCCAAAAAUUAGGGCUCAUGUUGAUUUCGAGACCCACAAAUCCGCCGAAAUGGAUGCAUUUAUUGUGCCUUAGACUUCUGCAGGAGGAGAGAAUCCAGGUCCUGCGCGAGGGCCUCCGCUUUAUUCUGAUCCACAUGACCUUCAACCAACUGUGUAGUCUUAAUCUGCUGCAGAAGCUCCUCACUGCCAUCAACAUAAACCAGCUGUACGACUACGAAGAUCCUAGCUGCCUAACGGAGGAGCCUUUUGAGCUGUUUACUUACACUGCUUCUACAGGUCUUAUUGAGGAUAUAGCGGAAAAUCCCUGGAACAGCGUCCCUCUGAUGCAUUUUAUUUUAAGUAUCCCUUCUAAAAUCAUGCCCGAGAAGUGUCUCUCAAAGUUGUGCUAUAAAGUUCGUGCCAUCGAAAACAAAUAUAUUCGAAGGGCAACCACCCGACAAAUAUUGGGUAAAUUCUUGGACACAUUCGAAAACUUUACCUUGAGGGAAUAUAUCAACUUUGUAGUGAAUUUUAUGGGUAAAGCAGAAGUCAGUUAUGUACUCGACUUAUUAACACGCAAAAUCCAAACAUCUUCAGACUUUGAAAAUCAUAUUGAAUGUUUUAACAAGCAGAGCUUCGAAGUUUUUACUGGUACAAACGAUUAUUUUAACAGCUCCCGUGAUUUGGAAGAGAUGCUUACAACUUUUACAAAGAAGCUAUAUAAAGUCCCUAAAGGCAAACAUGGUUGGUGGCGCCUAAUUCUUUACGUAAACGAAACUUUGUGUGAUCCCUAUACUGACUCUAAAUUAAACAAUGAAAUCAUGGAGUUCUAUCGCAGUGUUUAUAAUGUGGACUUUUCAUUACUUCUUGACGGUUCGAGUCUCAAGAAGAUCCAACUUGACUUAAUUAAGAAACUGGACUGCCAAACAAGCGAGGAGAAGUCAUUCCUAGAAUCGCGAUGUGUGGAUCUCUACGUUAUGAUGAAGAUUAAGUCCUGGAACCAGUUAGAUGACCUAAAAUUAGAUCCCUUAGAACUAUUGAAUAAGGGAACCCGCAACACUUUUUGUGAACUGCUAAAAUUAUUGAGAGUCCAUAAGGAAAAAAUUGAAGAUAGGAUGGUUCUGCCGGCCAUUGUUGACCGUUUACUGGAUGUUUCUUGGGAAAUAGAAGCUAUCUUAACAUACGCUGAUGCAAAUCUGACGGUGGAGGAGUGUGAAAACAUUGUAUUAAAUUUAGUGAACAAGAAUUUCUUAAGCAUGUUUAAGUUACCAAGACUGUCGAGAUCGUUUUACCUGGAAAUGAUUCUAGAGGGCGAACCCACGACGGGAGAUGAACGCAUUGAGGCCUCUUGUUUAUUAAAAGUAUUCCGCAUAAUGAAUCGUGGAGCAAGGGCUCGGCAUUACAUGAUUGAGGAGGGUCCCUUUACAAAUCGAAAUUUUUUUAUGAAUGAUAAUAACAUACGUGAUGACCUGCUGAUCAUCAACAAAGAGCUGUCAGUGAAACGCUACUUUGAAAGUUCCGAAGUACACAGAAAAAAGAUUCGUAUUGCCAACGCUUUGAUCAACUGGGUGCCAAAAAUCUGGCCACAGAAAUGGUCAAAUAUGUUGUGGGAAGCUUUGUUUUACCCUAACGAUCUACUAGGAAUAACCAUCAUGUACGAGGUCUUGGUGGCAGUACUGAUGCCAAGCAUCAAUAUGUUACUGGACAAGCUGAAAAUGUUACCCUCUCUGAAGGCAACUCAACAGGAAUCGCUUCUCUCCGUAACGCACAUUUUCGUAUUAAAACAUUGGGACAAACUUAAAGUGGGUACAGAUUUGGAUGACAUUUUAACUUUGCUCAUUCCAUUGAGGAAUGAAUCCAAUAAUCAAACACGUCUUCUUGCGCAAUUAAUUCUACAUAGAUUGGCAAAAAAAGGCGAAGAAACUAGUUCUUGCCUUACUAAAGCUGAUGCACUAAAAAGAUCCAUAGAAGCUGAUUUGGGGGAGAAACUUGAAGAGCUUCAGUGCGAGCCUCGCCUGUUGCUUCCAGCAAUAGCUAUGUGCCAAGAUCAAGAAACUUCUGGAAAACUCCUUUGGAUCACAAAUGCGCCAUUUGAUGAAUGCACCGAGCCAUACAAAAAUUUAGAUAUCGCUCGUGAGUCAUUUAGAGCAGGAAAAAUAAUAUCUUCCGCGGAGGUUUAAGCUUAAUCUGACUUCGUACAUAUAUAUCAAUUAUAUUCUGUAAAAACCAUAUCUAAACAUAUUUCAUCCUAACUUAAAGCAAAAGGAAACCAGAUUUGGAGUAACUUGAAGUUAAGUUGAAAUUACUGGAACUAACCAUCUCUGUUUAUUUAUUACUUUAACAGAAUCAAUUGGUAUC